UCAUUAUGCUGCCGCUGCGCCAUCACCAGCCAGCCGCUCGGAGCAGUGAAUAAUAUCCGCUGUUUACUCACCGAUGCCUGAUCGCCUGUUAUUCUUUACACAGUCACGGAUAUCUUUGUGAUUGGUUUUUGUACCAUGGAAAACCUUAAGACAGGACUUUAGGCUGUUAUCUGGAUUUGUGCUGGGAGCAGACAUAUGGGGCUCAUCUUGCGCCGUCAGACAUCGCUUUGACUGCCCCGCCUGCAAUCCAGACGUCUUCUAGAGUCUAUAACCCAUACUGUGAUUCUCUUCUGAACACAAAGCAAUGUGGAGGGAAUAAGGAUUUUGCUGUGUUUUAAAUACAGAUCAUAGAGGAUGGGCUGUGUGCAAUGUAAGGACAAAGAGGCUGCUAAGUUAACCGAGGACCGGGACACAAGCUUGUCUCAGAGCGGAGUAGGUUAUCGGUAUGGGGUUGAUCCCACACCACAGCAUUACCCCACCUUCAGUGGGGUCACCGGGGUCACUGCUAUCCCCAACUACAAUAACUUCCAUGGCGCUGGGGUUACACAGGGAGUGACAGUCUUUGGAGGGGUCAACACAUCCACACAGCAGGGGACGCUCCGCACACGAGGAGGCACAGGUGUGACUCUGUUUGUUGCUCUCUAUGAUUAUGAGGCUCGUACAGAAGAUGAUCUCAGUUUCAGGAAAGGCGAGAAGUUUCAAAUCAUCAACAGCACUGAAGGUGAUUGGUGGGACGCCCGUUCUCUCACUACAGGAGGAACCGGCUACAUUCCCAGCAAUUAUGUUGCCCCUGUGGACUCAAUCCAGGCUGAGGACUGGUAUUUUGGAAAGUUGGGCCGAAAGGAUGCAGAAAGGCAGCUGCUAUCCACAGGGAACCCGCGUGGCACCUACCUGAUUCGUGAGAGUGAAACCACUAAAGGUGCCUUCUCUUUGUCUAUCCGGGACUGGGACGAUGUAAAGGGGGACCAUGUGAAACAUUACAAAAUCCGUAAACUGGACAGUGGAGGAUAUUACAUCACCACCAGAGCUCAGUUUGAGACUCUUCAACAGCUGGUCCAGCAUUACACGGAGCGGGCAGCGGGGCUUUGCUGUCGUUUGGUCGUCCCUUGCCACAAAGGGAUGCCAAGGCUCACUGACCUGUCUGUCAAAACCAAAGACGUGUGGGAGAUUCCACGGGAGUCGUUGCAACUCAUUAAGCGCUUAGGCAACGGCCAGUUUGGGGAGGUUUGGAUGGGCACAUGGAAUGGCAACACUAAAGUGGCUGUGAAGACCCUCAAGCCAGGAACCAUGUCUCCAGAGUCCUUCCUGGAGGAGGCACAAAUCAUGAAAAAAUUACGACACGAUAAACUAGUGCAGCUCUACGCUGUAGUUUCUGAGGAGCCCAUCUACAUCGUCACUGAGUAUAUGGGAAAAGGAAGUCUUCUAGAUUUCCUGAAGGACGGGGAGGGACGGGCACUCAAGCUGCCCAACCUCGUCGACAUGGCUGCCCAGGUGGCUGCAGGCAUGGCCUACAUUGAGCGGAUGAACUACAUUCACAGAGAUCUGCGCUCUGCUAACAUUCUGGUUGGUGAUAACCUGGUGUGUAAGAUCGCUGACUUUGGCCUUGCCAGACUCAUUGAGGACAAUGAGUACACUGCAAGACAGGGGGCAAAAUUCCCUAUAAAGUGGACGGCCCCUGAAGCAGCUCUGUAUGGGAAGUUCACCAUUAAAUCUGAUGUUUGGUCUUUUGGGAUUCUGCUUACGGAGCUGGUCACUAAAGGCAGAGUUCCAUAUCCAGGGAUGAACAACAGAGAGGUACUGGAACAAGUGGAACGUGGCUACCGGAUGCCGUGUCCCCAGGACUGCCCGAGCUCUCUUCACGAGCUGAUGGUUCAGUGCUGGAAGAAAGACGCAGAAGAGCGGCCCACCUUUGAGUACCUGCAGGCCUUCCUCGAGGAUUACUUCACCGCAACCGAACCUCAAUAUCAGCCCGGAGACAACCUCUAAACCCAGCCUCCUGGACUCACCCCGAUCUCAUCCUCCCUGGGCCAUCUCAAGUGGCAUCGACUCCUUCUGACCGGAGGCCUGUACAACUUCAUGAGUUCACCUAAGCUCCUGUUAUUCCCCUGCGGCUCCACACACCCUAGUCGGCUGAAGACUGAAGUGACUGCACAGACUUUCAUCUUGAGGGGUGUAAACACGAACGGGCUGGGGAGGUGAAUGGGGGAAUCAUGGGUAAAGUUUAAAGUGGGAGGACGUUGAAAGGCUUUUAUUCUGAGUUAUGGCCAUAACCAUUAUAACGAUAUGAAAUGAUGCCUGUAUUCAGUGUAAAUACGAGAUGCUUGUUUAAGGUUUAUUUUCAUUCAGGUUUUUUGUUUUCUUAUCUCUGCUCAUGUUUUUGUGUUGCUUUAAAGAAACUGUUUUGUUUCCAUUGAGGAACCCGUUCUACAUGAAGGCAGUCACCUAUGAAGAGUUUAGGCGCGUGUCAAAGCAUAAAACAAGAGUUGAAUUUGACAAUGUUUGUGUUUUAUUCAUUUUUUCCUCUGCUGACGAGAUCACGUUCCAAAUGGAGCAAUAAAAAUUCAGUGAAGAAAUAAAAAAGUCUUUAUUAUUUUAGUGGUUUUAAAAUAUUUUAACCUGCAGAGGAAAUUGAUUUCUAACAAUUUUUUUAAAUUAUUUUUUUAUUUGCUUUACAUUGCUUAAGAUACUAAAUAGAAUUGACAUCCUGUCCAAAUGAAAAAAAAUAUUUUAUUUUAAAAAUAUUGUACAUUUUUGUGUUUCUAGCCAAAUGUUAAGGACUGCCAUACAGAGAACUGUGCAUUGUGUUUAGUUUUCCAGCUAUUAAGUAUGGACGUUUUGUUUUGUUUAGUUUUGUUUUUUGAUUUGAUUUGAUUUACCCCAUGCUUAGGCUGUGUCCAAAGCCUAAAAGACUUGUAUUCGGUAUUCAAAAGUUACCAAGAAAUGUUUGAAUUCAACAUCCUGUUUUCUAGGGUUUGAAACAUACUUUACACUUAAGAGGUAAUGCAAGCAAACAUUUCAGAAAAUGAUCGGUUUUCUCUUUUAGGUCAACAACUUUCAUGGUGGAGAAAAACUUUGCAGAAUAAGUCAAAGGUAGCUUUGUAGGCUAUUGUCAGAAAAAAUAUACAUUUCCACAUUUUUGGGGUACAACAGCAUGUCACUAUGGCAGUAUCCUUAAAAGAGCCUUGUUGCUCUAAAAGGUAUUGUUUUUGUAUCUUAAAGUAGUAAUAUGUAAUAAUUAAUUUAUACUAAAAUGAAGGUACUGGUUUUUAGGUCUAAGUAAUGUACAGAGUUGUCGUUCUGAGGAUACGUUCUCUUGAAUUUGUUCUUGAUAUCUAGACUUAACAAAAUUGACAUUUUUUUAGAAAUGUGGCUUGUUAAGUCAUUGACGGCGGCAAGUAAGCAAAGCAGAUGUCUUUGGUUUUGGACACGGCCUCGUUGGAAUCGAAUCAGGUUCUGUUUGCCCUCCACGACAACUGGUCCUUAUCCUCAUGUGCCGAUAAUUCUGUUCUCCAUGGAGAACACUUUUAAAAUAUAUUUCUUUCAGCGUAUUUUAUAGCAUAAAUCUAUAUGGAACUGCUUAGAUUGGGGUCAAGGGAACACUCCAAAGUACCUUUUCCUUUGUUGGUUUGUAUAGUGCUCAUCAGAAUGUCUUUAAAACCCCUCACCUGCAUUUUAACAGUAUUGUAUGUGCCAGUUAUCACCUCAAAAUUGCCAUUCCCAUUUUUUUAACAUGCCAUUUUGUUAACAUUUCCCAUUUGGAAAUAAAAAAUACAAUAUUUUACACUCUU